AUGUCCGCGCAGAUGGAGUGUCGUAUCGCCUGUUUUCGUGCCAUGGUACUCCGCACCCCAAGGCUUUUCAAUAAGAAUGGCCGUCAAGGACCCAGCUCUUCCCGUAUUCCAAGGGAUGCUCGAAGACUGUGUACUGCUCCCGGCGGCGGCGUGCAAGGUCUUCGCUUCAGUCUGCCAGAGUCUGGACUAGCGGUCCCAUCCAAUGACUCUCGGCUUGGCGGCGUGCAAGAAUGA